GGGUCGGUUGUCGUCGUCUGCUUGCCGAUGAAGGAAGAGUCUGACAUGAUGAUCUCAACAGACUAGCCAGGAAACUUAGAAUCAUUUUCAAGGUCGAAUCUAUGAUCUUUCUCUGAGCUACACCAGUCCUUUUGAACGUAUUUCUAUUCAUUAUACCGCAGGCACGUCCGGUUCUUACUGACAAGCAUAGUCUGACAAGUUGUGCAAGACACAAGAACUUUGGACACAGUUUAUCAGAAGAUCUUUACCUUGCAAAAGUCUUUGCAUUGCAUCAUUACGUUUCAGCAGGUUUCAGAAAAUCUUUAAUCAUGCCACUCGAAGAUUACAAAGGUAUUGUUGGAGCUGCUGCAAGUGUUGUGACUAUCGCUCAAAUUUUUUCUGGAGUAUUUGUGUGUAAAGAUAUAGUAAGGAAGGGAAACACCAAAAAUGUUCAAUCUGCCCCAUUUAUUGGUGGCAUUGGAUUAUCUGUUUUGUUCUUCAAGUAUGCUGAUUUGAUCAAUGAUCCCGGAAUGUACCCUGUGAAUAUUGUUGGCGCGGUUCUGAACAUUGCAUAUCUAUCCUGCUUUUACAUCUACACAAAUGAAAAGACUGAUGUCAUCAAAGGAAUCUUGAAAGCCAGUGUAUUCUUUGGGUCAAUUCUUUUGUAUAUUAAUCUUGAAAACCCAGAAUUAGUGUUAUUUAGAUUUGGGAUCAUUACAACAGUUUUAAUGCUUCUCCUCGUUGCAUCACCUUUAGCUCAAUUGGGCGAAGUGAUCCGCACUGAGAGCACAGAAUGCUUACCUUUCCCGAUGAUAUUAAUGGGCACAAUUUCAGCUUUCUGUUGGCUGUUGUAUGGUAUCAUUCUCAGUGAUGCUUUCAUUCAGAUUCAGAACCUUGUUGCUUUUUUGUUGUCAGUAGCACAACUCUCUCUCUUUGUAAUUUAUCCAAGCAAACCCGUUUCUGAAAAGAAGAAGAAUUGAGUAGAAAGUUGGAACUACUUAGGUUGGUUGCAACUUGGCAUGAAUUGGAAAGUAUAUCAACCCCUAAAUGUAGAUUGAUAGAGGCUGUUUUUUUGUGAAUACUAUGGAUAUCUAGCAUCGUCGGCUUGCUCAAACUAAGUACAAAAAGUUUAUGAAUGACUCGUGCGAAAUUAUUCAAGUGGUUCUCACUUUCUAUUUUCUAAUACAUUAUAGAUUGUCAUCCUCUAAGUGCAUGUAUGAAGACAAAACUGUGAUAUAAAAAUGUACCUCCCCGACCCUAGUGUGUGUAUGACUAAGGAAAUUCAAAAUAUUGAUUGAAUCAAAUUAUUGAACAAAAUUGAAACCUCAAAGCCUGUUUUUCUGAAGUCAGUAUGAGAACCGCCUAUACUACUGAUUUUUGUUUUUAAUUUAGGCUACAACCUGUAACCUUUCUAAUUCAAUAGUAUUGCAUGUAUUCUAUGACUAGGUUAACAAACUGUAAGAAAAGAAGAACUCUGUGAAAAUACUGCUAACAGUAUUAUAAUUUUUACCAGCAUGUUUUUUUUAACAGUAUGUACAUCCAAUUUUUUCCUACAAUCAUUCCCAAUGUGUGGAUGUUUUUUAUGUGUGAAUAUUUUUGUAAGCAAGAACAACACUUUUUAAAUUGGUACUUGUUGAUAGAAAAUUGUUUUAAAUGACAUUGAAUUUGUAAGAUUGUGCUAUCAAGGAUUAUUCUUGAUUUCAGUGUCUCAUCUACCACCUACGAAGAUCAAAGAAAGUGUCUAUCAUCUUUCCUUCUAGAUAAUAAAUGAAUACCUUCCAAGGAUAAAA